AUGAUAGAGAUCCAUGAGUUGUGGUGGCCUAUGAUAGUUUCACUCUUUGUAAUGAAGUUGUGUAUAUGGAUCUAUCAGUGGACAAAUCCGAAAGGGAAAGAAAAACUUCCUCCAGGUUCGAUGGGUUUUCCGAUUAUUGGGGAGACAUUUGAGUUUAUGAAGCCUCAUGACACUCUUGAAUUUUCAACAUUCCUUAGAAAAAGAAUGCUCAGACAUGGACCUCUUUUUCGGACAAGCAUAUUUGGGGCCAAGGUUAUCGUCUCCACGGAUAUUGCACUAAACAUGGAGAUAGCAAAGGUGAAUUCUGUUAUUGGUGCUACGGAGAGUUUAACGCGUCUAUUCGGGAAAAAGAACUUGUUUUCCCAAAGCAAGGAAUCCCAUAAACAUGUCAGGAACUUGACACUCCAGUUGUUGGGUUCACAAGGUUUGAGACUUAGGAUGAUACAAGAUAUCGAUCUCUCAGCGCGCAGACACAUGGAGAUAGGAGCUAGGGGUGGCGGUCUUGACAUUAGGGAGACGUCAAGCAAGAUUUUAAUGCAAUGCCUUGCAAAGAAAGUUAUGGGAGAUAUGGAACACGAGGCCGCAAAAGAACUCGAACUCUGUUGGAGAGGCAUCCCGAGUGGCUGGUUCGGUUUCUCGUAUAACUUCCCUGGCUCGACGGUCUACCAAAUUUUAAAGGCGCGAAAGAAGAUGUUGACGAUAAUAAAGGAGAUGAUAGUGAAGAAGAGAGCUUCAGGAGAGGAACUUGGUGAGUUCUUGGAUAUCAUAUUUCAAGAAAUGGAGCGACAAGGGGAAACUAUAAGCCUAGACACUGUCGUCGAAUACAUAUAUACGUUCUUCCUGCUUGCUCACGAAACUACUCCCCGGACUCUUGCUGCGAUGGUGAAGCAAAUAUCGGACCACCCUCAAGUCAUGCAAGAGCUACAGAGAGAGCAUGAAGCAAUUGUCCAAAAUAAGACUGAUAAAGAGGCCGGGCUUACGUGGGAGGACUACAAAUCCAUGACUUUCACCCACAUGGUGAUAAAUGAGUCGCUACGAACCACAAGCACGUUCCCCACGGUGCUUAGAAAAACUACUCAUGACUUGGAGGUUCGAGGUUACACAAUUCCAGCAGGCUGGACCUUCAUGGGAUAUCCUCUUAUUCACUUGAGUGAAGAAAAGUACGAUGACCCGUUAUCAUUCAAUCCGUGGAGAUGGAAGGGAAAAGACUUGAGUGCAACCAUAUCCAAAAGUUACAUGCCUUUUGGCGCUGGUCCUAGACUCUGCGUUGGGGCUGAGUUUGCAAAGCUGAAUAUGGCGAUUUUUGUCCACCAUUUGUCAAGAUACAGAUGGUCAAUGAACAGUGACACCAAAGUGCUUCGACAGUACAUACUUUUGUUCCCAAAAGGUACUCAUGUUCAGAUCACGGGACGUUACUCGGAAUGA